AUGUACGUUGUUUGGUUUUUUCUUUUUAAAAAGCGUAUUCAGUAUGCAAAAACAGACUCUGACAUCAUCUCUAAAAUGCGUGGUACUUUUGCUGAUAAGGAAAAAAGGAAGGAAAAGAAGAAAGCCAAAUCUCUGGAGCAGUCAGCAAAUGCAGCAAAUAAAAAGAUUAUCCAGGGAGCAACACAAAAUUCAGCCAGUGCCCCAGGGACUGCAGCACAGAAUCAGCAGGUGCCGGAUAACCCACCGAACUAUAUCCUUUUCCUUAAUAACUUGCCUGAGGAAACAAAUGAGAUGAUGCUGUCCAUGUUAUUCAAUCAGUUUCCUGGAUUCAAAGAAGUACGCUUAGUGCCUGGGCGUCAUGACAUUGCAUUUGUGGAGUUUGAAAAUGAGAAUCAAGCAGGAGCUGCUCGAGAUGCUCUCCAGGGAUUCAAGAUUACUCCAUCUCAUGCCAUGAAAAUCACUUAUGCGAAGAAAUAA